AUGUCCAUUGUGCAGAUGCUUUGGCCUGUCACGUUCUUCUUUUUCACAAGCGCACAGGAUGCCGUCGAAGCAGCUUUGGUGGAAGACCUCGAACAACCUGCAAGCGCUCCUCCCGGGAUACACUCUUUAAGUGUUGCCUCAUCCCUGCCGCCACUGACCUUGGUCGGCAAGCACUUUGACCGCGUGGUCAGGGCUGCAGAUCCGACUAGCGAGGAGUGGGUGGUUUUCUUCUGUGUGAGCUGGCUUGAUGAGUGCCAGGACGGAAUUCGUAUCGAGACAAUGCUUUCGAAAGCUUCCAAGCUGCAAGGCCUCUGCCGUGGCACCAGGACCGUCAACGUGGGCGCUCGCUUCUUCGGCGGCCGCCCUUCCUUGGCAGAGCUACGAAAGCUCAACGUCCCAGGCGUCGACGAGCAGGUCGGAGGACAGAAGAAGGCGUUUGGAGGUGAUGCAUCAUCAGGCAGAGGCCUUCGGUCUGGAGCAAGUUGCCUCGAUGUGUUGGAGAAGAGAUCUGUGCUCGUCGCCGUGAGAUCACGGCCUUUCAAUGAGCGAGAGAAAGCAGCUUCGUCGGGCGACUGUCUGUCCUUCCAGGAGGAAACUGGCAUGACACUCCAUCGGGAGGAUGACAAAGACUAUCGCUUCGCCUUUGACUGCGUGAUGCGCCCGGAAACAGAGCAACGCGAGGUGUAUGACAGAACAGCGAGACCACUCCUGCACAAAGUGUUGGAAGGCUACAACGGAUGCCUGUUCGCAUAUGGGCAGACGGGAUCUGGCAAGACCUUCACGAUGCAGGGGACUUCCGACCAGAAAGGCAUCAUUCCAACUCUUUGUACGGAGCUCUUCGGCGAGAUCAAGGAGUGCGCCGAGAAGCGCAACAUCACCGUUGUCUGUAGUGUGCUUGAGAUUUACAACGAGAAGGUGAGGGACCUGUCGGUCGACUCCAGUGACGACCUGUCUAUCCGAGAGGACACUGCAGAAGGUGGGAAAGGCAUUCAUGUCGAGGGCUUGACGGAGGUGCAGGUCCGCAGCUGUGAGGAAGUCUUGGACUGCAUCGCCAAGGCUCAGCAAAGGAGGGCCGUGGGCAAGACCAACAUGAAUGAGCACAGCUCCAGAUCUCACUCAGUAGUGACCCUGCGGAUCGGCGCCUACGACUGCGACGACGUGGAUGGUGCAACGCUGACUGUUUCGAAGCUGCAUUUGAUUGACCUCGCGGGCAGUGAGCGGCAAAAAGCCACAGGCUGGAAGAUGCUUGUCCUUCCCAUGGAUGCCACAGGGGGUGUCGAAGUUCAAGAGCUUCGGGCACUCCUAGGUGCUCCCGGCAACGACGACUACGAGUUGGUGGAAAGUGUGCAGGGGCCUUACAGACGGCCUGCUGACCCUGCCGCUUCUGUUAGGCAUUCAGUGCAAUCGCCGGGGGAAACCGAUCCCUUGCAGGGCCCGCCGGCCCCUGGUCCCGAGGACUUCCCUAGGACCCAGCGCGACGAGGGUUCUCGCUUCUGGCUGGUGUGCCGGACGGUGGACGGGCGUGAGCUCCGGCCUCCCGUUGCCCACUCCACCUUCGCGGCCGCGAAGCCUCUCUGCAAGGUUGGAGAGCCUGCCGAGGCUCCCGCUCAGGAAGACGAAGCCACGCUGGAUGGGGUCAGCUUGUUGGACGUUGCCGCCACCACGCUGGACGACCGGUCUCAGGCCUUGAGUGCACCAGGUGCAAACAUGUUUCCUCAUGGGCCCUCCCUCACGGCAGCCUGCACCGAUGCUUUCGUUUUUCAAUCAGCCGAAAGUGCUCCUGCCGAGGAUCCCCUCGCCCUUCGAGUCGACAGGCUCGAGGGGGCUAUCUCCAAGAUUGCUGCAGGUGUCAAAGCCUUGGUGGCUCGGGAUUCCGUGCCAGUGGCCUCAGCUGCACCUCCCUCUUUAGGAGCUACCCCCAAAGCCAAGAGCAAGGUAGGCAAGAAAGGCCCCGCCCCAGUGCCCGAUCCACAUUUGGAUCCCGGGGUGGCUCGUGCUGCACUAGACUCGGGGGUCAGCCUAGCCUCCCUUGCCGAGAUGGACAAGCUGAUGCGAGACAGUGGGGCGCCCAAUGUGAACCGCCGGGCCCCUCGAGCCACCAAGGCUUCUGUGCUCUCAGAGAGCGAGGACGAGGGAGGCGAAGAGCACCAAGGUGCCGCGGCUCAACCCGAGGAGGGCACCGAUCCCAUCUCCACCGCGAUCUCACAGCUUACGCGGGUGGUGGAGGCUCUGGCUCAAGACAAGAUCAAGAAGCCCACCAACGGAUUGGACAAAGUUCUAGACAGCUCCGGCGGCGCUUCUGGGUCAGCCGACUUAGCGACUUCCUCACGCAGGACGGGCGCAGCCCGCCGUGCCCUGAAAAGUGCACUCGUGGACAAUCCCGAAGUUUUGAGCCGAUCGGUGGAAGAAUUGAUGAGAGAAGAUUUGCAUGCGUUGCAAACUCCAGGCUUUCAGGGCAAGGUGUCGGCCAGAGCAUGGUUGGAGCACAGGUCCCGAAUAGGACCUUAUCAGACCAUGGCGCGGACCGCUUGGUCCGCCGCUGGCGCACUAGACUGCCUAAGGCAGAACAAGCCAGCCGAGGCCGAGGCUCGAUUAUCCCUCCUCCUGGUAGCCCUGGACCAGGUUGCAAUCGACAGAGGGAAUUGGGCAAUGGGUUCCGAAAUAUUGCUAGAAACUCCUGUUCCGAUGCAUUCGUUCCGAUCUCACGAGCUUCGGGAUCCAGAGCAGGUGUUUUCGAGAAUUUUGGACCCACGGCUAGCCGAGCUCGCUCUCCAUUACCUCAAGGAUCAGAGCGACUUUUUAGAAAAACGGGCGAAGCUUGCCCGCCGCCCCAACACGGGCGCUCAGGCUUUUGGACUGCCCUUCCUUCGUGGGUUCUUCGAGGCUUGCCGUUUCUUCCGCAGCCUGCUUCGCGGUGACAACCACCCCGAAGAAGCAGACUUGCUUAGUUGUGGGUUUGCUUUCUUGGCUCCACCUUGGUUCUCCUGCUACGGCGCUCCUGCGGCGACCCCCGUGGCCUCCGGGCCUCGCUUGGACUUUGGGCACCACCUUGGGGUUUUGACUCGUUCCGAGGCUGUGCCAGCCAAGCCCAUACAAGUCGACCGGCUCCGCUUUUUGGGGUCUCCUCCUUUUGCUCCUGAGGGGUACCUGGAUCAGCAUACUUUGUCGCGGUUUCUGCGUCCUUUUGACUACGCUGACAAGCCCGACAUCCAGAAGCGCCCUCCGCCACGUGUUCAGGUUCUCGCUUCGAGGGCCGAACGCCUUGCCCUUUUUAAGAAGCUCGCGGAGACCGGCCGGCUUCGUCCGGUGAAGGUCGAGCCUUCGAGACUGCCCUACGCGGCGGGUCUCUUCUCGGUCAUCAAAGACCUUUCUCGGGAUAGACUCAUCCUUGAUUCGCGACCCGCGAAUGUUCUCGAACAUCCCCCUGCUUUCUGGACAAGUUCGCUUUCUUCGCCGGCGGCUUUACUCCAGAUCGUCUUGGAAGCUGGUGAGAUGCUUCGCGUGAGUACCGCGGAUCUUCGAGAUUAUUUUUAUUAUUUCAACAUCCCUCAACAACGACUCGAGAGAAAUGUGAUCAAGGGCAGUCUGUCGUUGAGUGAGGCGACUCAGCUGUUCGGUUUCGACUGUGCCCCUUUUGUCUCUGACGACGACCGAGUCCAUGUCGGGCUCUCCACUCUGGCCAUGGGCGACUCGUCCGCGUGCGAAUUCGCACAGGGGAGUCAUCUUGCCGUCUUGUACCACCACGGUGCUCUCGAUGGGCACGAACUUCUGCUGCCGACGUUUCCCCCCCCCCGUGGGCUCCUCUCGAUCGGCGUCGUCGUCGACGACUUGGUGAUACUUGAACGAUGCCUUGAUCCAAGUCUCCUUGACCCGCAGGCUGACGCUCUUCCUCAGGGCCGGGAGCACUCCCUCGGCGGAGACCGCCUGCGUCACGCUCAUGCGGCGUAUGCUUCGGCGGGACUUGAGUCCAACCUGGAUAAGGGCGCCCGGGACGUCUCUCGCAUGAAAUUCUGGGGGGCAGACCUCGAUGGCCGCCGAGUCUUUCUGCUGCGUCGCCGGUGUCUCAGCCUGUUUGAGCUUUGCUUUGCCGCGCUGCGUGGAACCGUGCUUGACGUUUUCUACGCCACUGAUGCCUCUGACGUGUUGUUGGCUGCUGCCCUGCUGCGCUCCAGGGAGCUUCUUUCUGAGGACCUUGAGCUUCCGGAGGGAGAGAGUUUUACUCCUCACCCUUUCUGGCGGAAGCUUGCUAGGAGCCUGCAGUUCUCCACGUGUUGGGUUCAGGAAGGCCGCCGGUCUCAGCACAUCAACUUGAAGGAGCUAAAGGCUUACUUGGCUCUGGAGCGUUCCGUUGCUUCCCGGUGUUCUUCGGUGAGGAUUCUGUGCGGAUUGGAUAGUCAAGUUGCCCUCGCAGCGUUGCUCAAGGGCCGUUCUGCGUCACCGGCCCUUAACUCCCUCUUGCGCCGCUCGCUGCCUGGCAUGCUCGGGUCUGAUCUGUACGCUGGGCUCUCCUUUCUCAAGUCGGAAGAAAAUAGUGCCGAUGAUCCUACCCGUGACCGCGUGCCUCGCUCUCCUUCGGAGCCUCUCCCUGACUGGUUUGUUCCGUUGGCCCGCGGGGACACCGCCCCGCUCGACGCUUGGCUUUCCCGACAGGCUGACCUCCUUGCUGCUAGGGAGUCCGAGCCCUUUCGGCCUGAGGACCUUGAACGUCGGCUUCCCCCUCGCUCGAGCACCCCCGCUGGCUCUACCCAGCCACCUGGCUUCAACCUUGACCCCUCUUUCGCACCUCGGCUCCCGCCUGCCCGUGUUGGACUUAAGAGUGGCCGAGCUGCCCGAGCUAGGAAGAAGCGCUUGCUCAACAUCAUGGCUUUGCACCGCACCGCCUUGGAUUUGCGGCCUCCACCCGGGUUGACUUUGAACCCUCGACUGCGAGGAAUCAUCACGCUGGCCUCGCUCCCGCGCCGGUGGUUCCUUCCAGCCACUGGGCCCCUGGAUUUCAGUCUUCGUGGUGCCUUGGACUUUAUGUCUGCGGACGCUAGCUUUGGACGAGCCUUGAUCCGUGUGGGCUCGCCCUGGGUUCUCUCUCUGACGCCAGCCCUAGCUCCCGACUUGAAUCCCUACUCUCCUUUCACUGCGGAGCUUCUUCAACUGUGUGCAGAUGGGGACUUGUGUGCGUGCUUUAGCUUUAGCCUAGUCGGAGAGACCUUGUCUGUAGCCUGGCAGCCUGCCAUCCGUGAUAGCCGGAAUCCUUUGGGAAAGCCUCACUUGCCCCAAGGCGUCUUUGACAGGGUCGUUCGGGAUAAUAGGCUGGCUAAGGUUGUGUCCGAGGUUGUCGGUUCACUUCAAGCCUCUCCUUCGGUUGCCUUCCCGACUCAAGCUUCCUGUGGUUCGGUGCUCGCUGGCGUGGACGCACACGAGUCGCUUGUAAUACUGACCUUGCAAGCUCCCACGCCUUUUGCCGCUGCAGCGGUCCGCACCUUAG